AUGCCAGUUCAGAGCUAUGAAGUGGUAGAUAGCGAUGAACCAAGUCGGUUUGCAGUUACGCAGUCGAUAUCGGCAGUACUUUAUCGUCUUAAAAACUCAGCUGCGGGGCGAAAACUUCGCAACUUAGUGUAUGAUUUGUUAACACACGAGACUGUCCCUCAAAUAAAUCUAGUGGGCAAGUGGACAGCGACAGAGACGAAGUGGGCUGCCGAACAUAUCCACCAUGCGCUGGAAAAGGAGUCUGCUUAUAAAUUUGUCCAGAGUGCAGUAAACAGAGCCCUGGAUCUGACAUUGCUCGAGCUCUUUCCGAAUGAGUUGAAUACGUGCCCUGGGGUCAAGAGAGAACCUUCAGAUAUAGAGCAAUAUGUUCUAGCAGAUGUUCUGAACCGCAUGCCAGCAUAUAAAGGGCAGCUUUUGCCACUGGUCAACCGACCAAUCGUCGUCCAUAACCUGAGAAAAUCCAUAUGGAGGGCUGCCUUGAAACCUCAUGUGCGGCGGAAAAUGCCUGAGCGCCCGCUAUCACUGGUUUCCGAGAACUCUAACAUGACCUGUUAUGCAAUGUGUCAAGAUUUUUUGGUCGAACACCGGACCCUUCACUCUCUCGCCAUUUCUUUCCAGACAAUCCGACAAAUGGAAAGCAUCUUCACCCACUUUGUACUCCUCGCUGAAGCUACGCAAUUUCCUAUAAGAGACUUGGCAUAUCCCACUAGGUCUCAGACAUUCACGCCGCAACACAAGCGAAUUUUAGCGUCCAUUGUUCCAUUCCUUACGGUAAGCGCUCAAAAUGAGCUGCAAGAAGAUGACAUGGUUGAGAUGGUUCAGGCCUUUUGGACAAGGUUGCCAUUCGUGUGGAGAGAGGAUGAUCGCUAUGGGAUGGAACACAUUGCCUAUGAGAUCAGGAUGUGUCUCAAAGAAAACGAUCCCGCUUGGUAUGCACGUUUAAUUGAAGCCGGUGAAGAAGACAUCAAGGACAUGAUUUUACUUCUUAUUGGAAACUUCUUUAUUGGCAUUUGCCCACUCCAUGUUUCCAUAUAUUUACUUGACCAUCUGUUCAUUGCGUCAAACGAAUUCACCGACCAGAACCACUUGCCUGGCGUCAACCAGUGGAUUGUAUGGAUCUGCACAGCGCUGCUUAUGUACUUGCAUGUAUCUUCGGGACAGAACGACGCGGGAGAGCCAACAAACUCUGACCUCGCACUUAUCACGAUUCAGAACCGCUUAUCCAACAUCACUCAAGAUCAAUUACAUCUUCUGAUGCAUCCGAUCAUAAAAGACUCAUUUGGGGGUAUAUGUGAAGCAUCAGAUCCUGUCACAGACUUACCAACAGCACUUGACGAUGACGACGAAAGCGUAUCAGAGGAGGAUCUGAUCGCUCUGGAAAAGUAGAUCUUCUGUUAUCAUUCGACGAGAGCGAUGGGGAGACCUUACAAAACAGAUGUUUCGGAAGCGUGCCCAUAUCUGUACUUUUUAGGGCACCGAGAAAGUCACAUCGUGGACUAACCUGAAAAGCUGGUGCAGAAUGGUAGAUAAUCUUUGGCAAAAAUGGAUUGGGUUAUAUUCUUGAAAUGUCUGCAAAAGAUCUUGUAUUAUCAAGCAGAAACAAACUGCAGGAGUACAUCAGUCGGCAACAGAAC